CUUUAUUUCACACCAUAAUGCGAUUAUAAAACACGUGUUUGGUACAUAUAAAAAUUAAUACACAGCAUAUUACACCCAAAGCUCCAUUCUUAUUCCGUUCACCGUUAUCAGUUCGCUUGAUGAAUAAAAUGUACUACGCUACUAACAUUAUCAUCACUAGUCUGCUUUUAUUCUCUACCAGUCUAGCGAUUUAGUGACUUGCUAUCACGCUGCAUAACAGCACUAAUUGUGAUUGUACAUACAGGUGCGAUUAGAAGAUUCCGAAAUGAUCAGAUUCAGAAUAUAUUUUCUGAUUCUGCUGAUCGUGUUUCAUUUCUCUUCCGCCAUAUGCGGUCCUACAGCGCAGACACCAGCAGUGAGUCAUUCUAGUCGGGUGAAACGACAGUUUUCCAUGAACUUUGGGGCCACCCAUCAACAGGACGAGGGCACGGACGUCACCGCUGAAGCGAUCGCUCGUUUGUGGCGCAGCAGAAGUGGGAACACAGAAGUGCAAGGCACGGCCAGCUACAAUCAACACUUUGGCGGAUAUAAUGGUGAUGGUCAUGACUAUCGUCUCAAGCUGAAGGUAGUGUUUACUUAGUUCCAAGGAUUUCUCAGGAGAAUUUUCACUCUCUUCCAUUAAUUAAAUUAUUCAGAGCUGUAUUUACAGGUCAUCAGAGCUAACAAGCAAUAAAAUACGAUUUAGUUGUCUACCUUACUUGAGUUCGUGUAUUUUUGCUGGUGGCCAAGACCACUGGGUAGCCGGAGCUUGUUUCACCAGGGGUUCCCAAGGCUUCCAGC